AUGUUUUCAGAAGAACACGGCACUUCAGAGAGUGCCAGCAGCGCUCAAGGGCAGCAGGUUACACAUUCUGACGGCCCUCCAUCGUCUAGCCUUCAUGUGACCCCCGAGGUCCCGUCAAGUUCGCUCCUCACUCGCAUCGAAAUAUUCUCCACCCGCGUCCCCGGUUUCUAUAUUCCUCCAUUCUGCGGGGCCAGUGCAGGCGUAGCGUCAGGUAUCGUGACAUGUCCUCUCGACGUGAUCAAGACCAAGCUGCAGGCUCAGGGAGGGUUUGCACGAAGAGGAGGCAAUGUGGUCGAAGCCAAAGCGUUAUAUCGAGGCAUGCUAGGUACAGGUAGGAUGAUAUGGCGUGAAGAUGGUAUUCGAGGUCUCUACCAAGGGCUGGGUCCCAUGCUUCUAGGAUACUUGCCUACAUGGGCGGUCUAUUUGGCAGUCUAUGAUCGGUCUCGGGAAUACUUUUAUGAAACUACUGAUAGCUGGUGGCUUGCAAGGGGUUAUGCUUCCAUAACGGCUGGUGCUUGCUCCACAGUGGUGACAAACCCUAUCUGGGUGAUCAAAACACGACUUAUGUCCCAGAGCCUCAGAUCGAAUAGCGAAGGCUUUCGAGCUCCAUGGCAGUACUCUAGCACCUGGGAUGCGGCCCGCAAGAUGUAUAGGACAGAAGGGAUACGCUCAUUUUAUUCCGGGCUUACGCCCGCCUUGUUAGGACUGACACACGUUGCUAUACAAUUUCCACUUUAUGAAUAUUUGAAAAUGGCCUUUACCGGAUAUGGAAUCGGCGAACACCCCGACAAUGGAAACUCUCACUGGAUUGGGAUAUCUUUUGCCACAUUCCUGAGCAAAAUUUGCGCAAGCACCGUGACAUAUCCGCACGAAGUACUACGGACAAGAUUGCAGACCCAACAGAGAACGUCGCCUGCGCCUUCACCAGAAGAGAUCACAUUCCGCGGAGGGAUGGACCACCCCCCGGACCGUGGUAGGCCUCCGGGUGCCGCUUCAUCUGAUGGCAUGCCUAACCGACCCCGAUAUGCAGGGAUUAUCCGUACUUGCCAGACCAUUUUGAAGGAAGAGGGAUGGCGCGCAUUUUACUCUGGAAUCGGCACUAAUCUAUUUCGUGCCGUUCCAGCUGCCAUGACUACAAUGCUGACGUAUGAGUACCUCCGAAAGCUCAUUAGCCACCUUCAGCACGAAGGAGCAUUGAAACGCAAAAUGGAGGAGGAGAAGCCGGGAGAUUCAGUUGGUAUAUGA